CGUGUGCUGAGCUCCACACAAUGACUGAAAACGCACCGGAGCCCGACCCGGAAUUGGCGCAGAUCCGCCUGAAGAGUGCCCGGGAGGAGAGGUUCAUCCCGGUUCCGGAGAGGGACAGGCUUGGCCGAUGUCGAAGUGUAAAAGAGUUUGAGAAGUUAAAUCGAAUUGGGGAAGGGACUUACGGUAUUGUGUAUCGUGCCAGAGACACCAGCAACAAUGAGAUUGUGGCAUUGAAGAAAGUGAGGAUGGAUAAGGAGAAGGAUGGAAUCCCCAUCAGCAGCCUGCGGGAAAUCACACUUCUUUUGAAGCUGCGGCAUUCCAACAUAGUGGAGCUGAAGGAAGUGGUGGUGGGCAAUCACCUAGAGAGCAUUUUCCUGGUUAUGGGUUACUGCGAACAGGACUUGGCCAGCCUCCUAGAGAACAUGCAGACCCCGUUCACAGAAGCCCAGGUCAAGUGUAUCUGUUUCCAGCUGCUCACUGGUCUUCAGUAUCUGCAUGAGAACUUUAUAGUGCACAGAGAUCUCAAGGUGUCCAAUCUACUGAUGACAGAUAAAGGAUGUGUAAAGAUUGCUGAUUUUGGACUUGCUCGUGCCUUCAGUGUUCCUGCAAAGCAGAUGACUCCCAAAGUUGUGACACUCUGGUAUAGAGCGCCUGAGCUGCUGUUUGGAAGUAUGACACAAACAACUGCCAUUGAUAUGUGGGCCGUGGGCUGUAUCCUGGCUGAGCUUCUGGCUCACAAACCCUUAUUACCGGGUUCUUCAGAAAUCCAGCAGAUUGAUCUUAUUAUACAACUUCUGGGGACACCAAAUGAGACCAUCUGGCCGGGUUUUUCCAAGCUGCCUCUAGUUGGCCAGUACACAGUACGCAAACAGCCGUACAACAAUCUGAAACACAAGUUCCCCUGGCUGUCAGAGGCCGGCCUGCGACUGCUCAACUUCCUCUUUAUGUAUGACCCAAAAAAGAGAGCCACAGCCGAGGACAGUCUGGCCAGCUCCUACUUCAAGGAAAAGCCUCUACCUUGUGAGCCGCAACUGAUGCCGACGUUCCCGCAUCACCGCAACAAGAGAGUGAGCGGCUACGGGGCGGAGGGCCACACUAAACGCUGCAAGCAGUGAAACGUCAUACUCGUGUUGUCUUCUGUCUGCGAAUAAGAGUG